UCCGGUGAAACAUCUGUUUCUGUCUGAUGGGACUGGCUCAGUGCGUAUCCUCUUAGGAACAUGGCGGAUGAUUAGUUAAUGCUGGAGCUUAACCCGAUGACAGACUCAAAACUGUUUUGCUACAUGAGAAGGUACACGAAAAAGGAGUUCAAACUUGGCAAGGUGGUUAGCUAGCUAGCUACGGUAGAUCGAGAGGGGGUGUCGCUUGCUGUAGAAAAGGAAAACAACAUGGCGGCAUUGGAGCUCGAAUGGAUCCCAGAGACUCUGUACAACACUGCUAUAUCAGCAGUGGUGGACAAUUACAGUCGAUCGCGAAGGGAUAUUCGUUGCAUCCCUGAGAAUAUUCAAUUUGAUGUGUAUUACAAGCUGUACCAGCAGGGUCGGCUCUGCCAACUGGGGGGAGAGUUUUGUGAACUAGAGGUGUUUGCCAAAGUUCUACGGGCAUCUGAUAAAAGACACCUCCUGCACCACUGCUUCCAGGCCCUGAUGGAUCAUGGGGUGAAAGUCGCCUCCGUCCUGGCCAACUCCUUCAGCCGUCGCUGCUCCUACAUUGCAGAGUCUGAUGCCCAUGUGAAAGUGAAGGCCAUUCACUUUGGCUUUGUUUUAGGUGGCUUUCUGUCUGAUGCAGGCUGGUAUGGUGAUGCAGAGAAUGUGUUUCUGGCGUGUCUGCAGCUGUGCACACUGCAUGAUGAGGUUCUGCACUGGUACCGUGCUGUGGAGUGCUGUGUCAGGUUGCUUCAUGUCCGGAAUGGCAACUGCAAGUACCAUCUUGGUGAAGAGACUGUCAAGUUGGCCCAGCUGUACAUGGACAAACUGGCCAAACAUGGUCAUCAGGCCAACAAAGCUGCACUCUAUGGAGAGCUGUGUGCUCUGCUCUUUGCUAAGAGCCUUUAUGAUGAGGCCUACAGGUGGUGCAUAGAGGCAAUGAAAGAGAUCACAGUGGGUUUGCCUGUUAAGGUUGUGGUAGAUGUCCUAAGACAGGCUUCCAAGGCCUGUGUAGUAAAGAGGGAGUUCAGGAAGGCAGAGCAUCUGAUAAAGCAUGCUGUUUUCCUGGCACGUGAGCAUUUUGGACACAAGCAUCCCAAGUAUUCAGACACUCUCCUUGAUUAUGGUUUUUAUUUGUUGAAUGUGGAUAACAUCUGCCAAUCAGUUGCAAUAUACCAGACGGCUCUAGAUAUCCGGCAGUCGGUUUUCGGGGGAAAGAAUAUCCAUGUGGCCACAGCACACGAGGACCUGGCAUACUCCUCCUAUGUGCAUCUGUACAGCUCUGGCAAAUUUGACAAUGCACUAUUCCAUGCAGAGCGGGCCAUAGACAUUAUCACUCACAUUCUCCCGGAGGAUCAUCUGCUGCUGGCCUCCUCCAAAAGAGUCAAAGCUCUGAUCCUGGAGGAGAUUGCUAUUGACUGCCACAACAAGGAGACAGAGGAGAGGCUGCUCCAGGAUGCCCAUGACCUCCACCUCUCCUCUCUCCAGCUGGCCAAGAAAGCCUUUGGGGAGUUCAAUGUUCAGACAGCGAAGCACUAUGGCAACCUGGGCCGCCUCUACCAGUCCAUGAGGAAGUUCAAGGAGGCAGAGGAGAUGCACAUCAAGGCCAUUCAGAUCAAGGAGCAGCUUCUGGGUCAGGAGGACUAUGAGGUGGCUCUGUCUGUGGGCCACCUAGCCUCUCUCUACAACUACGACAUGAACCAGUAUGAAGAUGCAGAGAGGCUUUACCUGCGCUCCAUUGCUAUCGGUAAGAAGCUGUUUGGGGAGGGCUACAGUGGACUGGAAUACGACUACAGGGGCCUAAUUAAACUUUACAACUCUGUGGGGAACUAUGAGAAAGUCUUUGAGUACCACAAUAUUUUAUCCAAUUGGAACCGGCUGAGGGACCGGCAGUUUGCUGUGGCUGAUGCCUUAGAGGACGUAAACACCAGCCCCCAGGCCACCGGGGAGGUGGUGCAGUCCUUCCUACUGUCACAGAACAAUGGGGCUGGCCCACCUGCUUAGGCUCACCACACAGACACACACAUGCCCACAUACUGAUAGAAACGCUAAAGGUGUUCACGGCUCACUUACAUUUGUUGAACACACCCUCUCCACAUCAAGCUAUAUGGUUGGCUAUGGGAAAAUGCACUAUCGCCUGUGGAAUGCAUAUAAUCUAGUGUUUUUGUGCUCACUUUUGCGCCCAACGGGGGCAUUCUCCUGUGAUCAAACCGGUAUUGAACAUUUGAUGGAAGGAACCUCUUGCGAUCCACUUCGCAUCACCUAACAUCGCUUUCAUCACCUUCAGUCUUCUGUAAGAGGAAUUGAGAAAAGGGGGAAAAAUAAAACAACGACAUCAGUGUGUUCUAGCUCUAGAAUAGGAAUUGGUUUGUUUUCGGCUUCAUUUUUGGUCAGCGCUUGCCCUUUGUUGACCAUUGGGAUGUCCCCUACAAGCAUGGAUGGAGAACCUUUUUACUUUGGCCAAUUAUAAAGAGCAAGUUACUUUUUCUGGCUGGAAUCCUUAUUUUAUUGUUCUAAUGUCAUGAGGGAGUUUACAAAAGAGAUUUCAUCCAUGGACCAAAUCUUCAGUUUCCUUUUUGCAACACCUGUUUUUGUCUCCAUCUAAAGACGUUGGCGCAGUCUUUAUGCUCGUGCUUAAAGGUUGUCCGUGAUUUGAUGAAUUUGAAAUGCACCAGUGUGUGUAUUAAAUUUGACCACAAUUGUGCUCAGUAGAUUUGUUGUUGUUGCACUUACGUGUAGUUUAUUUGAAAGUGUACGUGGGUACUUUUUUUUUAGGAAUUAAAAUUACAAGUAUUUCUAAAGAAUUUCAUAUAACUAAACCAAAAACAGGUGAGCUUAAACCUGCUAUUCGGAUGACUCCCUCCCUGUGUUCCAGUGCAAACGCCCAGACGGAGGUCCUCUAGCAUCAUCCCCAGGCUAUUGUGCAUAUAAGCCUGGUACAUCGAUUCAAAGUUGGCCUUAGUGGGAGUGACCGUACGGAGUAAAGUAUUUGUCAUUUCAUUUUAGCGAAUCACACAACUGCGAGGCAUGGCUCUGUGCUUGUGGUAUGCUAGCGUACGGGGGAGGGUUAGGGGGAAGGUUGUGGGAGAUGAUUGGUUGUUAGAUUAAGCCUAUGCUUCAGGAGCAUUCUGUACUGGCUAACGAAGGUCAAGUUUGACCCGUUGGACUACCAGACUCUUCGGGCCUUAGGGCUGAAGUGUCUGGGAACGAGAUCAGGGGUCCUCAAACACACCAUUAACAAUAGAAUAGGCCUUGUGUUUUCAUUUUAGAAACCAUUUGCCUAGUGAAGGAUUACCUAUUCCAAUGUAAUGUAGUAAGUACCCCAUUGUGUGUGGACUAGGUCAAUGGAAAUUAUUGCCUUGUUUUUGAACAAAUGCAUGUCUGUCUAAUGGAUGUUAUUGUUACAUGUGCUGUUAUGUUUCAACUGAAGUCCAAGCCUUCGCCUUAAAGGACGAUCAGCCAAAGGUG